AAAACUAAACUGUUGCCUUAUCCCUUCCUCCUGUUCCCCUCUGCCUGCCUUCACGGAGAACACGCCGCCGCACGCCCGCAAAGUUGUCGCUCCGCCGCCGGGUCCUGCGGCCACUUCCUCCCUCUCCCUGCUGAGGCGGGGACGACGACAUCGCCGGCGGGUUGACGCAGAAAGGAGCGACCACCCGAGGGCUCCGCUGGAUUUUCAGGUAGCUGAGCUGAGCUGAACUGAACCCCAAUGCCCCGCGUUUGCGCCGCCCCUCGGGCGCCGCCGCCGCCGUGCCCGUGCCAUGUCGGAGUAGGGCCGCUUCGGCCGAGGUGGCGCGCCUCCCGGCACGGCCCUCUCCGGGCGGCUGGCCAGGAGCAGCUCCUCACCGCCCUGCGCGAGCAGCCGGACCCCGACGCGGCGCUCCGGAUGCUCAACGCGGCGCUGGCGCGGGACGACUUCGCGCCCGGCCCCGAGGUCUACGAGGAGAUCAUCCGCAAGCUCGGCGCGGUCGGGGCCCUCGACCUCAUGAAGGUGCUCGUCGCGGAGAUGCGGCGGGAGGGGCACCAGGUGAAAUUGGGCGUAGUCCACUCCUUCUUGGACAGCUACGAGGGGCAGCAGCUGUUCGACGAUGCCGUCGACCUGAUUCUGAAUCAACUCCAACCAUUGUUUGGCAUUCAGGCAGACACCGUGGUGUACAAUCACCUUCUCAAUGUUCUUGUGGAGGGGAGCAAAAUGAAACUCCUUGAAUCAGUGUACUCGGAGAUGGGUGCUAGGGGAAUCAAGCCUGAUGUUGUCACAUUCAACACACUGAUGAAGGCGUUGUGCCGAGCACAUCAGGUCAGGACUGCAGUUCUCAUGCUCGAGGAAAUGUCUAGCAGAGGCGUGGCGCCUGACGAGACGACGUUUACCACCCUGAUGCAAGGAUUUGUCGAGGAGGGGAGCAUCGAGGCUGCACUGAGGGUCAAAGCCAGGAUGUUGGAAAUGGGGUGCUCGGCGACGAAGGUGACGGUUAAUGUUUUGAUUAAUGGGUACUGCAAGCUAGGGAGGGUGGAGGAUGCUCUUGGGUAUAUACAGCAGGAGAUUGCCGAUGGGUUUGAGCCUGACCAGAUCACAUAUAACACUUUUGUUAAUGGUCUCUGCCAAAAUGAUCAUGUCGGCCAUGCCCUCAAAGUCAUGGAUGUGAUGGUUCAGGAGGGCCAUGAUCCUGAUGUUUUCACCUACAAUAUCGUUGUGAAUUGCCUUUGUAAAAAUGGACAGCUUGAAGAGGCAAAAGGAAUUCUGAAUCAGAUGGUGGAUCGGGGUUGUUUGCCUGACAUUACCACAUUCAACACUCUCAUUGCUGCCUUAUGCACGGGGAAUCGACUUGAGGAAGCCUUGGACCUUGCACGUCAGGUUACAGUGAAGGGAGUCUCUCCAGAUGUUUAUACUUUCAAUAUUCUGAUUAACGCGCUCUGCAAAGUAGGCGAUCCUCAUCUUGCACUUCGAUUGUUUGAAGAGAUGAAGAACAGUGGAUGCACCCCGGAUGAAGUAACAUACAAUACUUUGAUUGACAAUCUUUGCUCACUUGGGAAGCUUGGUAAAGCAUUGGAUUUGUUAAAAGAUAUGGAGUCCACUGGUUGUCCUCGAAGUACAAUUACAUAUAACACUAUAAUUGACGGGUUAUGCAAGAAAAUGAGAAUAGAAGAAGCAGAAGAAGUUUUUGAUCAAAUGGAUCUGCAAGGCAUUUCGAGGAAUGCAAUCACAUUCAAUACUCUCAUCGAUGGUUUGUGCAAGGACAAAAAGAUUGAUGAUGCUUUUGAGCUUAUUAAUCAAAUGAUAAGUGAAGGGUUGCAACCUAACAAUAUCACUUACAAUUCUAUUCUAACUCAUUAUUGCAAGCAAGGUGACAUAAAAAAGGCUGCGGAUAUUUUAGAAACUAUGACUGCAAAUGGAUUUGAAGUGGAUGUUGUUACGUACGGUACUCUGAUUAACGGUCUAUGCAAGGCUGGUAGGACACAGGUUGCUUUGAAGGUACUCAGAGGUAUGCGGAUAAAAGGGAUGAGGCCUACUCCAAAAGCUUACAAUCCUGUGCUCCAGUCUCUCUUCAGACGGAAUAAUAUCAGAGAUGCCCUGAGUCUUUUCAGGGAGAUGGCAGAGGUUGGUGAGCCUCCUGAUGCUUUGACAUAUAAGAUUGUUUUUCGUGGGCUCUGUCGUGGUGGAGGGCCUAUUAAAGAAGCUUUUGAUUUCAUGUUGGAGAUGGUUGAUAAGGGGUUCAUACCAGAGUUCUCAUCCUUCCGUAUGCUAGCUGAAGGUCUAUUAAACCUGGGUAUGGAUGAUUACUUCAUUAGAGCCAUUGAAAUAAUCAUGGAAAAGGUCGACCUCAGAGAGUCUGAUGUUUCUGCAAUAAGGGGAUAUCUCAAGAUCCGCAAAUUUUAUGAUGCAUUAGCAACCUUUGGCCGUUUCCUGGAGAUCAACAACCCUCAAUGGAGUUACCGAUGAAGCAGAAUACAUAACUGGGACAAAUUACUUGAAUAGUAUUAGGGAAAUCUCAAAGAGUGGAUGGAAUUUUUGCUGGUUGCUUAGGGGAAUGAAAGUCUUAAAUUGAUUAUAAUAGGUGAUUGUGUUCAUUCCUCGGUAGGGAUGAAGUCAGAGCAUGAAGAAGCUCAUCUUGGUGCAGAAACUUAGCUUAUUGGAACAGAAUCUAGGUGCUAGGUGCUGUCUGCUGCCAGAUUAGUACCUAGCGCCUUAACGAACAGUGGCUGCAGAUCCCAUCCGCUUAUUUUGAUCAAAUCUGAUUCAUUUUCUAUUCCCUAAUAAAAGCCUGAUUCAUCUUCAUUGCAUAUGGUCGAACCUAAGGCUAUCAUGUACAGUUAGAUCCCAACCCUUCGUUCUAUGAGAUGUUGUCCCAUAGAAGAAAUAUCUUCUGAGUAUAUCCUAGUACUCUAAAAUGUUCACUAAUAUGUUCAACUUAAUUAGUUUUGUAACCUCCUAAAAUAGUUCUAUUAGUUUUGUAACCUUCUAAAAUAUGAAUUAGUUUUGAUCUGGCUGAUCUUCCUUUGGUUAGGUACUACAAAUUCUUAAUUCAGACACAUAUUUGGUUUUCUGAAAAUUUCAUCUAUAUUUGGUCAGGCUGGCAUUUGAAGUUCUUAUUUUAGUCAUAUACUUUAGUUUUUUACAAUUUUCAUUUGUUAAAGAUGAUAAUUUAUUUGUUAGCACAGAGCAUGUUUAGAAAUCUGAAAUAUUAAAACAUGCAUGUUCUCAUGAAAAUAAAUGUUAGUUUUGUUUAAAUUCCAAUCCACAUAUUUUUUAAUCAAUGUCAGAAAUUACCAUGCUUCACUUAUUGACCUAGUAUAUGUAUAGUAUUUGAUGGAUCAUGUUGAUUUGGAUUUGCUCUACUAACUUGUUCCUAUUCCAACAAAGAUUUAUAUGCAUCUUGUGUUCUAAAAAUGCUACAUGUGUCAAGUUGAAGGAAAAUUCUAGCUAUGUGGUGUCCUAAUUUUGGUAGAUGGUACCUAGUAAUAGAUAACAAUUCUGUUUUAUAGUGAUGAGUAAAUUUGACUAAAUCGAGUCUAGAAAGUGAUAUAAUUUUCUGGAGAAGUCUUUCUUGGUGAUUUGGGAAAGGGCCAUUACCUAUACUGAUAUGAAAUCUGGAACUAGAAAGAUCUGAACAUCAAUGUUCUAAAGUUUUUUGUCUGAAUUUCUUGUGCAGAAUAUGAAGGAAGGUGGAUCUGGAAUAGGUAUUUACAUGUCCUGUUCAGAUUCCUGCAAUCUGAUAAACUACUGCAAUCCAAUAAACUCUUGAUCUAUUGUUUUCUGGAUUUUUUUUUGGGUGUAGAGUAUUAGGAAGGUAUUUGCUUUGUUACAGGGGUUGGUUGGAUGUUCAGAAAACCAAAAUCUGAAUACACUAACACAUUAGCCAGUGUUUUAUUUUAGUUUAUGUUAUUCUGACCACAACACCAGCAGCUUCAAUUGGUAGUAGAACACACUCUGAUGCAAUUGGUAGGUGUACAACAGAUAAUUUGCCGUGAAUGCUACUUAAUUCAACCAUUUUUUUUCCAUACAGUGCUAUACAAUGGCACACAAACAUCCUUCAGUUGGACUCAAAUUUGUUUCAGCUUUGCUAUUUUACAGUCACCUGCAGUUUUUUCUAAUCCAUCAGUCGAUUUUGUUGGCAGUAGAUUCUGCUUCAAGAUCUGUGCACGCAGUGGAGGCACAUUUGGUUACAGGCUGCUUCACCAGACCCGUUAACCCAUGGGCCAUGGAUGCUCCCCUAGUAGCAUAUGUUGUUUUUUCCACCAACUGCCUCUUGUAAAUCAAGAUGCUCCCCUCUCCACAUUUGCUGCAGACUUCCUCCCCGUGGAUCUGAGACGAACUCCGGCGACCGGCGGCGUCUACGAGCCAGCGUUCACCAAUUUCUCAGGUAUAUGAGUCGUCAUCUAUGUGCAUCUGCUACUUUUUUUUUUUGGCUGAUUGGACGGGUUGAGAAGGAGGUGUUUGGGGGGAAGAGAGCAGAAUAAUCCCAUUGCGAAACAAGCGAGGAAGGCUUGUCGAUGGUGGCGGCGGUGGCCUUGAUUAUCGAAGAUGCAUGCGUGAGGGAAACUGUGUGCCAGGGAGGCAAGCUUGGUGGCACACAUCGAGUGGUAUAUCUUCAGGUUACUGCUAGAUCGAAGAUCCUUUGGUGCUUGAUGUGUGCUGUUGGUUUGGUAGUUUUGGUGGUACUGUGGCAAGUGAAGACACGAAAGAGGAGCUAGUAGAGGCUUAGAGUCUGGAGUCGUAAUCGAUGUGCAAGAGCAUCAAUGCCAUCAGUUCCUCUGGGCAGCACGGCUCUGCACUUUUCAUCUGAGAAACAUAUAUAUUUUGUUGAUUCUGAUUUUGACGAAUUAUCCAAACAUGCAGUUUUUUUGGGUUCCGCGUGCAAAGACGAUUUUGAUCUCCUGGCAGAUUUAAGGGUGGUGAUUUUGUUUUUGUUUUGCAUGUAGAUGAUGCAUUUUGUAAAUCAUUUUAGGUUGCCCCUUUUUUUUUUGUUUUUGCGAGUUCUUACUGAAUUUGGAUAAGUUCUGGUUGAUUGGAUCGACAUUCUGUACAUUUGCAAGGGGAUUCUAUGGGUUUUUGCUUAUUGCUAAUCAAAUUAUUUUGUGAGUUUUGGUUUAUUGGAUGGUGAGAAAGCAAGAUUACAUGGAUUUUGCUUCAUUGCUGAUUUUGUCGAAAUUUAUCAGGCAUGCGGUUUUUGGUUUCUUGAAUACGAACUACACGGACAGUACUCCUAUAUUCUUGGUGAUUUUGAAGUGUAUUUGUUAUUUUGGGGAGGUGGAAUGGUUAAUAUUUUGUUCAAGGGGACACUUCUACAGAUGUAUACAUUACUUUUGUCAUUUUCAGCAUAACAAAGAGAUUUGGUAGAUUCAGAAUUCAGAUGGCAACUACACGUCGAAUGAUGUAUGCGAAGACAUGGGGAAUUCUGAUGCUGAUUCCACUGAAGAAAGCUAAACAUAAUUUUAAUUUAUUUACCAACUCAUUUUUCUGUCAACACAUUUGCUAGAUAGUUGCUACCCGAUAAACGACAUCUUGAAAUCUGAGUUAUACUUCAGUCUAUUUUUUUUCCAUACUCUGCCUUAGUUAUUCAAACAAAAAAAAAACUCUGUUUUGGUGUUAGUUCUGUCUUGCGAGAGACUGCUGCAGGUGGAAGUCGUCUUGAUUUUAGAAGUCAGGGACUAAUAAUGAACCCUUACAUGCAAAUUGCACUCCCCAAUCAUCGAAGUUACCAUUUUCAAUCAUGUGCAACUUCAACUACAAAUUUGUGCAAUUUUGGAUAUAAAUUUGUGCAACUAUUGAUUUUAUUCUAUAAUUUUUUUAGUUACUAGUCUGGCUUUACAUCACUUGGACAAUUAUAUCAUGUUCAUGUUUUCUGUGGUUUUUUUUUAAAAAAAAGAUGUAUAGUUCUGUUAGUAAUUACUUGGUUACUCCGGCACUUUAGUGCCAUUUUUUUUUUACUUAGCACAUAAAUUGAUUAGUUAGAACUAUGUGCGGUUUAGCUAAAGCUAUUAGGAUGCUUAGCCCUACUUAGAAAGAUCGGUGCAUUAAUGGGAUAACUUAUGUUGCACUAUCACUUAUUGCUGUUCAUUUAAUGGUAGCUCACGAUUGUCAAUCGUGAUAGUUCAAAUAAUGAAUUUGCCAACUAAAAUCUGAUAAUGGUAGGUUGUGAGCAUAUGGUUUUGAUGGUCGUGCUCAUGACAAUUAAGGAUUAGUUCACGAGCUACUGUUGUGAAGUAUUAAUCGUACUAACCACAAGCCAACGUUGGCAAUGGCUAAAUGCGUUGUAUAGCAUAGUUCAUGGUGGAGUGUCAGACUAAGAAGUGGCAGAGAUAAGCCCACUGGGGUCGCUGGGGAGUCCAUACCCUGGUCUAAAGGGGGUGACUAUGACUCGGGAAUGGUGCACUACUUUGAAUUGUGUUAUGCGAGAUAUCUUGUCACAGCUCCUUUCCGAGAUACCAUGGUGGUAUUAAGACAUAUGGCAACAUGUUGUGGGGCUGUGUCUUGUGGGUAAAUUUGUACACUUCUUCCCAGAGUAAAACUAUUCGAAUAGCCAUGCCCGUGGUUAUGGGCGAGCUUAGCAAUGUCUUUCGUGUUUAGUCUCAAUUACUCAACAAAUAAUAAUAAGUGAUAAUUAUUUUAAAUCCUUGUUUGGAAUGGUUAAUUCCUGGUUUGGAGAUAGGGUCUGUUCAACCGGGCAUGGUUGUUCAGAUAUGGUUGGACCUAUGCAACGGGUAUGUUGUAUAGCGGUGGAUUAAAAUUGUUUAAUUAAGUACUUUAUUAUUUUAUAAAUUUUAAAAAAGUUUAUUAAAUGUCGUUUAUGCAAAUGAGCAUGUAUUAUGCCAUCCUUUGUACUCUUGUGCACUUUCAUAUUUGUUGUGUGGCUUGCUGAUUAUUUCAUGUACUCACCUUGCAAUAAUCAUCAUCAGAGAAGGAGUACUUCAGCGAAGGUGAUGCUCUGGAGGAUUAGGCCUUGUCGUAGUCAAGCUUCUUGUGGAGUGGAGUAUGCUACGCUAGUUUUAUUUUGUUUUUCGCUGCCUAGAAUUUUAAUGUCUGAGAAGAACUAUCUACCUUUAUAAUGACUUUAUAUUAGUUUAAUAAUUA